AUGGAAUUCCGGGCGCAGCCGAACGGGCGCAUCGACCGCGCCCCUGCCAGAUGGGAGACCGCCAAGGCAAGGCGGGGCUAUCUUGGGCAGGCCGUCGGUUGCCCUGAGGCUGGUGGAGGAGCGCCCCCCGUGACCCUGCAGCGCCGCGCCGCCCUGGCGAGCCUCGCGGGCUUUGCGGUGCACGAGACCGUGGCGAGCCCUCUGCUGGCCGCGGUCGGCGCCCAAGCAGCUGGCCUGGGCCUUGGCGAGGACCUGGAAGCCCUGGCGUCCAAGGCCGCGCCGUGGUUGGAGGCCCUUGGCGCCGAGCUCCAGGCAGGUGCCGAGGCGGCACCGCAGGAGAAGCUGCCGCACCGCUCGGUGGUGGCGGCAUGCGGCGCGAGGUGCCAGAAGAAGGCCGUGUGCGGGCAAGCAGCCUGCGGCGAGGCCGUGUGCGACAUGGAUAAGCUGAUCGACCUCGGCCCUGGCGCGGACGAGUUCGGGGAGGUGGUUGGUGUGUUGCCCAUCGACAUGUCGUUGCCCGCCACGGCCGUGCCCAGGGACCAGAUCGACGCCAAGCCGCGCCUCGGGCGAGCGGCGCCCGGGACUGGCGGCCGCCGCAGGGCGAGGCUGGAGCCUUGCAGCGUGGCGCCGCUGGCUGGGCCCGUCCAGAAGCUGCUGCGCCCUGCGCCCGCCGACGAGUCCCAGGCCAGCACGGAAGCGCUGGAGGGCUACAACGACGAUCUCGUGCCCGUGAUGCGGACGAGGGAGGCCAGCCGCAGCAAGGAGGGCGCCUCGGGCAAGUAUUUCUGCGGGCGCUUCUUGCCGCGCGACCCCGUUCUCAGCCUCGACGUGCCCUGUGGCCCGAAGCACCAGUGCGCGUCGUGCAGGCGGUUCCAGGAAUGGUGGGACCGCUGCGUGGGGGAGCAUUUGGAGUCCCUUGAGCCCUACGGUGUUGCAGCUGCGGAGCCUCUUCACCAGAGUUUCCCCAGCAGAGCUCGCGAAGGCGACGACGCCACCGAGAUCGAGCCGCACGCUGGCAGGGUGAGCGCGUCGACUGAGGCGUGCGAGAUCGGCGGGGUGGCGCUGACCUUCCGCGCGGCGGGCGGCGAGCCUCGGACCGCGGUCUUCGGCGGCGCCGGGGCCGAGCAGUCGCUGGGCCUGCGGUUCGCGCCGGGCCCGCCCUGCGUCGUGACGAGCGUCGCCCCCGACAGCCGCGCGGAGGCGCUAGGCAUACAAGCUGGCUGGGCGUUGAUCGAGGUGAGUGGCAUGAACGUGUCGGACGCGAACGCGGGGCGCGUGUACACUCUGCUGAGACUGGCGCUGGAGGGCGGCCGCCGCGAGCCCGCCGCGCGGCGGGCGGGGCUAGGCGUGCUCGUCCCGCCGAGCUCCCUCCACUGA